AAUACCUAUAACAAAUGUAACGCUCUUAAUUGAGCAGUCAGUUGAGUUUUGCGAAUACUGCAAGAAGGAAUAAUCACUCUAGCUCAAGCCCAAAAAUCGAUUCGCUGCACAAACUUUUCUUAAUAAGUGAAUGUUUUAUUUGUUCGAUUGAAUUGAAUUUAUUUUUAAUUAGUGAAUUUGCUCGGUCGUUUCAUUCGUUUGUGUGCAUUCGCAUUUCCAAAACAAGUCAUAGAAAAAAAUAUACGUCGAAAUGUGUUUCAUGAUCAUAGUGGAAUAAGAACGGAAAUUGUGUUUGAAAAAAGAAAACAUUGAAGCAAUAAGAAAUUGUACAUAAAAUAUGGCAUCUGUGUGGAGAGUUGUUCCGUUAUUUUUCGUGAUAACCCUUGCUGUAGGCCGAACAAAUGCAGCCGCUUUUCAAACAAGUGAAACAAAUGAUGAUCUCGAUGACACAUCUAACAAAGAAAACGAUGCGACAGCUUAUCGGCUAAACGAACCAGAACAUGUAACCGUGAAUGAAUCAAAAGUGAUAAUCGACCUAUAUUCAUCGCAACAGCCGCACGAAUCGACACCGAGUCAUUCGCUAAAAGAAGAAUCCAAUAAAAGUGCUUCACCAUUUGUGCAAGUGGUAAUUAAUCAACCGAAUGGUUCCAGUGCGAUCAAGGAAGGUGAAAUUACAGAACCCGAAGUUCCACAGGCCGCCGCUAAUCCAUUGGAAUUGAUUCCACCUGCUUCGGUUAAUGCAACAAUUAAGGAGCUCGAAAAGGAAUCGAAGCAAAAGCAAGGUCAAAUCAUCAUCAGUUCGGAACCGGAUUGCCCUUCGCUACAGGAUGCUGACAAUUUAUCGCAAACGCAGCUUAUUAAGCGGCUUACACACACUUGCCGAUAUGAUCGUCUGGAGCGACCAGUCUCGUACAGUACAAAUGGAACGAGAAGGCCAAUUUCCGUAUACACACGCGCAUAUAUUUAUUUCAUGCAAAAUUUGGAAGCGCAUGAUCUCCAGUUCAAAUUGCAUGCAUUGCUCCAAAUGCGAUAUGUCGACCCCCGAUUGGUAUUCCGUAAAGUUGCACCGAAACGUAGUGAACCGAUAGUGGGCCAGAGUGCAUUACGCGAUUCCCUUUGGACGCCACACAUUUUCUUGGCAAAUGAACGAGCUUCGUCGGUACUUGGAACGGCUGAAAAAGACGUGCUAACUUCAGUUUCACCCGAUGGAACUGUCAUUGUUUCGACACGUAUUCAAGCGACACUUCACUGCUGGAUGAAUUUGCAAAAGUUCCCCUUUGACGAACAAAAAUGCAGUACAGUCUUCGAGAGUUGGAUGUACAACACGACUGAGCUGGAAUUACACUGGGAAGAAAAGUCACCAAUCACAUUGGCACCUGAAUUGCAUCUCACUGAAUAUGUUCUGUUAAACAUGUGGACAAAUGAAACAACGAUUAACGCUGAUUUAAGUGACUUGAGACACGGCGCAUUUACCGGACGCUAUAGCUCUUUGAGUUUCACAGUCCAUUUGGCAAGAGAGAUGGGAUAUUAUCUAAUGGAUUAUUUCCUGCCGUCGAUUAUGAUCGUUUCCAUUUCAUGGGUAUCAUUCUGGUUGCAAGCAGAUGCAUCGCCACCACGAAUUAUGUUAGGAACCAGCACUAUGUUGACGUUCAUCACGUUGGCAUCAGCACAAGGCAAAACUCUUCCAAAGGUCAGCUACAUCAAAAUGUCGGAAGUUUGGUUCCUUGGUUGUUGUUUUUUCAUUUUUGGAAGCUUAGUCGAAUUUGCGUUCGUCAAUACGAUUUGGCGACGCAAGAACAAUAUCGAACUCAAAAAGGUAAACAGCAAAUAUAUUCUAAAGUCGACGUUGACGCCAAGGCCAACACGCAAAGAUAUGGGAACAAAUCUGCAAAAGUCACGCUCUUGUUCAAGUCUUGAAGGCAAUAAACCGGCGAAUAACAACACGUUUAAUAAUUAUUUAACGGUUCAUUCUUUCCCGAAUAAUAAUAAGAUACCAACGAUAACAACCACACAAAGUAUGGACGAUUUGAUGCAGGAGAAUGGCAACAAUAUCAGUGUAAAUAUGGAGCCAUCGUCCAGUUGUACAACGUUACAGAUGAGCCACACCAACUGUGCAUCGCCCGAUCCGAAUAUUAGACAGGGUUGGACAACGAUGACACCACAAGAAAUAUCCUACUGGAUUGAUCGGCGAGCACGUGUGCUAUUCCCUUCGGCCUUCUUCGUAUUCAACAUAUUCUAUUGGACUUUCGUUUACUAUUUGUAAAACGCUCGUUUCCACACCGAAAAAAUGAUCUACGAAUAAUUUCGAUUCACAAAAUUAGCCUGUACUUAGCUUAGACCAUUUCAAAAUAUGUUUUAAAAUGUAUGUGACACCUCUAUUCAAUUAACAUUUGUUCCAUUUCGAUUCAUACUAAAAAUGAACCCCUCGCCAAAAUCAUCUCUCAUUAAGUUACCAUCGUGCAUUCAAAGCAAAUUGAGUUAUUUUACGCAAAAAACUAUCUUGAUGAAAAAAGACGCUAACUAGAGUCAAUUAACUUUACUUAAUUUUGAAUCUAUUUGUUUAAAGUACCAAAUAUUCUUUUGAAAAAGCAAAUAGUGCCUUUCUUACCUCAAAUAAAUACCAAAACUUUCUAUCUCAA